AUGAUCCAGUUCCGACAGGAGCUCAUGUACCCGUACAACCUGAGCGACAUCGCGGAUAUUACAUCAGCCAAACCCCUACACGACCAGCCCCUGCCAUUCCGACUGCCAUUCUUUGGCUUCUGGAAUUACUAUAUUUGGAUCCAAAGAGACGGCUACCUGGCCUUCAAUAAGGGUUUACUGUCGUACAAGUUUCCCGUGAAGUUCCCGUCCGUACCCAAGGAUAACCUGAUGGAGGAGGACCCCUCGAUGAUCGCCCCCUGGUUUGCACAGCAGGACAUACCUACGGAAGUGCCGCACGCAGGCGUCUACUUAAAGAUCGUAAACCUCGAGUCGGAACUCAAUAUCACGUUAAGAGAUCGCAUAUACUAUGACUUCCGGGAGGGUAUGAUCGGUGCCUCCCGGAGCAAGUUUGCGCUGAUAAUCACGUGGCGGAACAUGACCAUGGUCAAUAGGCAACCUAAGAUGCCUCUUGUGACAAACACAUACCAGUGCGUGUUGGCCACGGAUGAGAUCCGGACG